GGGUCUGUUUGAAGUUGAUGGUCGUGUCUUGUGUUACCUUAUGGGUUAGUUAUUACAUAAGACAAACAACAACAUCCACAGGAGAGUAGACUCGAUGCUGAACUGUUUGUUCCCUCUCUGCUAUCUUAUUCUCAAAAAAAAAGGAAAAAAAGAAAUCAAGCUCGUUUAUUUUGGGCACAAAACCGUUGAUUGUUCUUCACUGUGGCUCUGAGGCGAAACAUGACUCUGCUGAUUUAUUGUUCCAUCUUUACUCCGUGCUCUUCUCACUGUCUCCUUGUUAAUGUCCUGUUUGUUUAGUCUUUUCUGACAUUGGACAAACUGUGUUAACAGGAAAGCGUGGACUUUGCUCUUGAAAGUCAAUGUCUCUCUCGUCUCGGCUCUGCUGUGACGAUAGUGUAUCUGAGUGGACUUUAACUGGAGGUCAGAGAGCAAAUGCUUCCACUGAUGUUCGUUUGGAUGAUAAUGUAACUCACUGUGAAUCUCUCGCUGCCUUGUUUUCCCUUGAGGCUGACGGCUUUUCCUGGGCAGCAGUAGCUUAGAAAGCACCACUGUAUAACUGUAUAACUCGAUUGACACUGAGUGGAGCGCAUUCCUUUGCCGAGGCCCGACAGUCUCCUCACAUUCGAUCGAGUCGCACCAAACCACUCAUGAGCCGUUUGCAGACAGGAACUCCAGAAAAUGUCUGGACCCUGCGCAGAAGGAGUUUCUCCUGAGUUUCCGGGUCAGACGCACUUUUCUUUUACUUAUGGAGAGUGCAGCAGGAGAUAGUCUGGGUCAGACAGGAAAAUGUCCGGAGCGUUCAGCCUUUAGAAAUGCCCCAACACAACAUGGAGAGCCCCAGGAGCCAGUGGCCACAGGGGCUACAGUCGCCGUGGGUCACCCGAGUCGCUGGAGGUCAGAGUCCUGCCUCCUCGGGGGCAGAGUCGGACACGGAGAGCAGCAGCACGGAGAGCGAGAAGUCCUGCGUUAAGAAGCUGGAGGUGGGCUCAGUGAGGCUCCUGCCGUCGUCCUCGAAGCUCCAGCAGCGAAUCACGGAGAUCGAGCAACAGAAGGAGGAACUGAAGAUUGAGCUGCAGCUGGAGAUCGCGCUGCUGCAGGGUGAACUGCAGACGGAGAAGAAGCAGCUGCACAGACACACACAGAAGCUGCAGGCUCUACAGCAGCAGGCCGGACAGAGGCAGACGCACAGACACACAAACAGACACAAGGAGCAAGAGCGUCUGGAGGCGGAGAGUCUCAGGGUGCAGGAGCUGAGGAGGAGGUGUGAGGAGAAGGAGAAGCUGAUCCCGAGUCAGCCCGAGAGCCAGAGAGAGCAGCUGACCCUGCAGCUGCAACAGGAGAAGGAGGUGAUGGAAGCAGCGACUCGGGCCUUUGAGGACUGGGAGUUUCGUUUUCUGGAGCAAGAGAGCGGCAUCGACGUGGAGGACGAGAGCGUGGCGGACAAAGAGACAGAGGGAAAGAAUGAAGUGGAAGGGGAAGUGGAAAAGGAAAUCGUGUGUCAGCAGCAUGUGGUCAGCACGGCACAGGAGCGAGUCCAGCAGCUGGAGAGACAGUUGAAGGAGAUGGAGAGAGAGAAGGAGAGGGAGCUGAACGCCCUGAGGAGAGAGAAGAGAGAACUCGUCCACACGACUCAAACGGGUCACAAGGAAAAGACGCCGCUCGCAGAUUGGUCGAACAUCACCGGCUCGGCCCCCUGCAUGAUGUCACUUUCCCCUCUGACUCCUCACAAGCCCCCUCAGGAACCAUGCAAAGAUUCUGCCAGUUUGCCCAGAAGACGGAGUUCGCAUCGCAGCAACAGACUCAACGACCGGCCGCUCUCUGCACAGGGGCUGCUGAGGACGCUUCCAGACACCCAGUCGCCGGAGGCUCUCACUUCCCCACUCUCCCCUCAUAGACUCAGCAAUGGACACAGCAGACCUGGGACCAGCAAUGGCGGUACGCUCCUCACGCCUUGCAACAGUACGGCGAGCUCCCGUGCUGCCAGUGAUUCUGUUGCCAUCGGUAACGAGUCUAACUCUCCCUCCUGCAGCCCGUGUCUGUUGGAUCUGGUUGAGAUCGAGAAGAAGCUGAGGGAAGCCAAGGUGGAGAGAGAGCGACUGCUCAGAGAGCGGGAAGAGCAACGGUGGUUGUUGUUGGAGGAGAGAAAACGGAGGGAGCUAAACUGUCCCUUAACAGAACCACCGGAGCCAGAAAGCCAACAAAGGCCAGAACCAGAACCAAAGGAGCAGCUAAUCGCCAGCUCUCCCCCAAACUCCCCAGAGCCCCGCAGCCUGCCCCUCUUCCUCUCUGCGAACUUUGACCUCCGGGCCCACGUGGAGUCCCUGGGUCACGGGGUGGCCGGCUGCACAGAACUGCGGAUGACGUCUCGACGCUGCGCGGGCUUCCUGACCAAGCGAGGGGGGAGGGUGAAGACCUGGAAGAAGAGGUGGUUUUCGUUUGACACGGACCACAGACGACUGGCCUACUAUACAGACUGUGAUGAGAGGAAGCUUAAAGGAGUCAUCUACUUCCAGGCCAUAGAAGAAGUUUACUACGACCAUCUACGAACAGCCACAUCCUCUCCUCGGCCCACUCUGACGUUCUGCGUGAAGACGUACGACCGUCUCUUCUUUCUCGUGGCGUCCAAUGCGGUAUCCAUGCGGAUUUGGAUGGACGUCAUCGUCACGGCAACAGACGAGCACAGCCGUUAUUGACCUCUUGCAUAUGUGACUGUAAGAUCCUCGAGUGCAGCUACUGAGCACUGGAGCAGGUCUGGGUGAGCUCCACCUCGGGGGCUUGUUCUGCACCUGGACUCAUGAAUCUGAGGACGAUCGGUUCGUGACAGUCGGAGCUGAUGCGUUUGAACAGAUUUACUCAAACGCGUUGGAGGAAACCGUUACCGGAGGGGUGAGACUUCAGUGGCGGCACAGGUUUCACCGCUGAACCAGUUGCAGACCACACGCAGCUUCACGCACCAGCGUGCACGCUGGCCAUCUUGUUACUGGGAAGUUUCCACCCCCCUCUGCUGGUCACUACUACACUACAACAGGGAGAGGGCGGAGUAAUAGCAGCACCGGUUCACUGCAAUGAAAUCCAAUACAAGUUACAUGUCCAGAUGUUUGCGUCCACGUUCUGUAACUUUUUUCAGUAACGACGAUUGUAAAUUCAAUUAUGUUGUAUUAAGUUAUUAACUGGAGAUUUAUAUGGGUUUGAUAUGCAAAUAACUGAAGGAAUACACUGUUAUGAACGCACUAUUAAAUUUUUAUUUGUAAAAACUGUU